CACCUGUAAUCCCAGCACUUUGGGAGGCUGAGGUGGGUGGAUCACCUGAGGUCAGGCGUUCAAAACCAGCUUGGCCAACAUGGUGAAACCCUGUUUCUACUUAAAAAAAUACAACAAUUGGCCGGGCAUGGUGGCACACGCCUGUAAUCCCAGCUACUUGGGAGACCGAGGCAGGAGAAUCACUUGAUCCUGUGAGGCAGAGGUUGCAGUGAGCUAAGAUCAUGCCACUGCACUCCAGUUUAGGCAACAGAGCGAGACUCUUAUCUCAAAAAAAAAAAAAGAGAGAGCGAGAGAAAGAUAGAACGGCCACAUGCACAACAAUAUUUACCAUAGUACUUAUUGAAUGAUAGUGAAAAUUUAGAAACAUUAUGAAUGGUUAAGUGACUGGUAAUGUGAAAUUUUGUAUAACUUAUUGACAAAAGGGAAACAUUUGAUUACAUAUGAAAUGAAAAAAGAUACAGUUUGUUGGCGCAUGCCAAGAACCACUAAAUUGUAUGCUUUACAGGGGUGAAUUUUGUGAAUCAUCUCAAUUUUGAAAAAAGAUACUAUUGUAGGUAGCGGUCCCAGCCGUUCUUUGGAACUAGCAACUUCCCUACCCCACCCCAGUCCUGGUCUCCGUCCAGCUGCUGACGUGAAGAUGAGCAGCUCAGAGGAGGUAUCCUGGAUUUCCUGGUUCUGAGGGCUCCGUGGCAGUGAAUUCUUCUGUGAAGUGGAUGAAGACUACAUCCAGGACAAAUUUAAUCUUACUGGACUCAAUGAGCAGGUUCCUCACUAUCGACAAGCUCUAGAUAUGAUCUUGGACCUGGAGUCUGAUGAAGAACUGGAAGACAACCCCAGCCAGAGUGACCUGACUGAGCAGGCAGCCGAGAUGCUUUAUGGAUUGAUCCACGCCCGAUACAUCCUUACCAACCAUGGCAUCGCCCAGAUGUUGGAAAAGUACCGUCAGGGAGACUUUGGCUAUUGUCCCCGUGUGUACUAUGAGAAACAGACAGUGCUUCCCAUUGGCCUUUCAGACAUCCCAGGUGAAGCCACGGUGAAUGUCUACUGCACCAAGUGCAUGGAUGUGUACACACCCAAGUCAUCAUGGCACCAUCACACGGAUGGCGCCUAUUUCAGCACUGGUUUCUCUCACAUGCUCUUCAUGGUGCAUCCUGAGUACCGGCCCAAACGACCUGCCAACCAGUUUGUGCGGCUGUAUGGUUUCAAGAUCCAUCCGAUGGCCUACCAGCUGCAGCUCCAAGCUGCCAGCAACUUCAAGAGCCCAGUCAAGACGAUUCGCUGAUUCCCCACCCCACCUGUCCUGCAGUCUUUGACACUUCCUUUCCUUUUUACCACCGUUCAGGAACCCUGUAUGGUUUUUAGUUUAAAUUAAAGGAGUCAUUAUUGUGGUGGGAAUAUGAAAUAAAGUGGAAGAAAAGGCCAAAAAAA